GCUACCACCGCAGCCAAUAUGGCGGCUGCUCACGUGAUCGGGGCAGCCGGAUUUCCGGUUCCUGAUGGACGGGGCGGAAGCGGAGUGAGGCACUAACUCCGCCGUCGACGUUACUCGUUGUCUUCGCCGCUAACGUUUUGUUAUGAGUUGCUAAAAUCAUGGUGAAAUGUUGUUCAGCCAUUGGAUGUACAUCUCGCUGUUUGCCAAACUCCAAGUUAAAAGGACUGACAUUUCAUGUAUUCCCCACAGAUGAAAACAUCAAACGAAAAUGGGUAUUAGCAAUGAAAAGACUAGAUGUGAACGCUGCAGGCAUUUGGGAGCCUAAAAAGGGAGAUGUGCUGUGCUCCAGGCACUUCAAGAAGACAGAUUUUGACAGAAGUACUCCAAAUACUAAACUGAAACCCGGAGUCAUCCCUUCUGUUUUUGAGGUCCCAUUUCAGCUACAGGAGAAGAGAGAAAAACUUCAUUUCAGGAAGAACUUCAUUCUCAAAAACCUUCCAGUCACUAGUCACCAGCUUGUCAGUGCCUCAUGCAUUGAAGAAUUCCAACCCCAAUUCAUUGUUGAACAUAGCUACAGUGUUAUGGACAGUCCAAAGAAACUUAAGCAUAAAUUGGAUCAUGUGAUCAUCGAGCUAGAAAAUACCAAGGAAAGUCUACGGAAUGUUUUGGACCGAGAAAAACAUUUUCAAAAAUCACUGAGGAAGACAAUCAGGGAACUAAAGGACGAAUGUCUCAUCAGCCAAGAAACAGCCAGUAGACUGGAUGCUUUCUGUUGGGAGUGCUGUGAAAACACAGAAUGAGGCUGGAUUUUGUGAAGUAAUUUCUUAUAUGUUCCAUCUACAACUGACAUCAAUGAUGCUUCCCAGAAGACCCUCACACACCAUCGCUAAAUCCCAUCGGCACUGGCAGCACUUUGGAGUCCUGACAGCAUUACACAUUGUCCCUGCUAGCCAGAACCUUACUAAGAUGUUCAGAAUGCAUUGUGGUUAUGCUUUUGUGUGAUUUGUGGCUAUUAUGUUUUUACAGACCUAAACUAGUGCUGGCUCACUAUUGUAAGAUGGUUUAAUCUCAGAAAAGGUAAGGAAAUAUAUCAAGUUGACCGCAUUGAUUAUAGCAAUCAGAAUAUCAGGAUUUUAACUUUAACUACAUUUAUGUACAUAUGGUUUAUAGUAAUUUUCAUUUUAAAUAUUUUACUAUAAAGCAGAAUUUGUUUACAGCACACAUUCAUCUUGCAUCCAACCCAAGGUGCUUUAGUUAUUAACCAUACUAGAGAGUAUUGUUUUUAAUAAGGCACUGUGUAGCAUGGGCCCUGAAAAUAGCUCAUGGAGAAGUUUUAUUGGCUUUUAAGUUAAGAGCCAGUUAGAGAAGACUCCUGACAGGAUGUGAGUUUUUCGACACUGUGAAUCAUUUCUCCUCACAUGGACUAGUCAGAAUCGCUUCAAAGACCAAAGAAUAACUUCAGUGAGCAGGUGUUAGUCCACAAGAAGGUGACCUCCCAGCUGCUGUUUUCAUUCAGCUCCGUCAUGUACAGUACUGCCACCAACUGAAGACUUGCAAAGCUCUUUUGUGGUUUUUAAGAAGAUGAUAUUGCUGACACUUGGAAAACUGUAAAACACAAGAAAGGUACUUCAAAAGUGUAGGUCUUGCAAUAGAAACAGAGCUGGUGACUAUCCAGUGGCAGUAAUUGCUCAGAGAAUGUGUAGAAGAGCUAUUUGGAAACUCCUUACAAAAUACACAAAAGAAGAGCCUUAGCUAUUCACUGAUUGAGCCCAAUGUUAGAGAUUUUGCUUCUCCUGAUUCCUUACUAAAAAACCUGAAGAAUCACAAGUACUGUACAUUAAAAUAAAAAGUAUUAGCCAGA